CCAUCUCCACCUCCACACCUCAACCCCGCAGUCCCUCUUCAUUCCCCACCGAGUACCAAGCAUCAUUCCUCCGAUCUCCACGCCGUCAUUUAUACCGAGGGUAGAAGAUCUGCAACUAUUCUAAUUCAAAACAACAAAAUAAAUUAACCACAUCCUCGUCAAUACAUACUCUUCAUCAACACCCGCAGAAACUAAUAGUUAACAAACAACCCCUGUCCCAAUGGCGCCGAUCCCCAAGAACAUCAUCGUAACGGGCGCGGGAGGGUUCAUCGGCCCACUCCUUGCUUCCCGGCUUCUGAAUGACCCGGGAUACCGUCUCAUUCUCACGGACAUCGUAGAACCUCCCAUCCCGUCCGGCGUCAAGUAUCUGGAAAACGCGACGACGCUUAAAGGCGACAUCAGUGAUCCGCUCUUCGUGUCACAGCUCCUGGCCACCGCGCGUCCACUGCACGCCAUAUUCAUUUUCCAUGGCAUUAUGUCCGCCGGGUCCGAAGCGGACUGGGAUCUGUCACUUCGCGUCAAUGUGAACAGUGUGCGCGAUUUGCUGUUGGCGUUGCGGAACACGUAUCCGGGGGUCCGAGUUAUAUACUCCAGCUCGCAGGCCGUGUACGGACAACCGCUGCCGGCGGGCGUGGUGACGGAUGAUGUGACGCCGACGCCGGAGGGCACGUAUGGUGCGCAUAAAUUGAUGACGGAGGUGUUCAUCAAUGAUAUGCACCGAAAGGGGUUUAUCGAUGCUUUCAGUCUAAGGUUCCCGACUGUGUCGGUACGGCCCGGUCGGCCGACGAAUGCAGCGUCCUCGUUUUUGUCGGGGAUGAUUCGUGAGCCUAUGAAGGGGGAAGAAUGCGUCGUGCCUUUGAAGGAUCGGUCCUUUAAGUCGUUUUUAUGCUCCCCGAAUAUCCUACAAGAGAACUUGAUUAGGGUGUUAAAUAUGGAGAGCUCUAAGUUACCGAAGCAUAUCCGUCAUAUCAAUGUACCGGGGAUAUCGGUAUCUACGCAGGAGCUCAUGGAUGCACUAGCAAAAUAUGGAGGAGAGGAUAAGUUGAAGUAUCUCAAGGAAGAGACGAACCCGGAUCUCGAGCGGAUAUUGCGGAGCUGGGCUCCGGAGCUCGAUACCACUACGCCUCUGAAGCUGGGAUUGGUCAAGGAUGAGAGUGCAGAUACGCUUGUCAAGCAGUACAUCGACUCCUUGAAGUCGUAAUGUAUAAUUAACUAAUUAGGGUAUGAAUCGUAAUUAUUUGAACAACCAGACGCA